GAGGAGGAGGAGGAGGAAGUGAAGGAUGAUGAGGUGAAUCUCUCUAACAUUGUGCUUGUGUGGUUUUCUCCCGCGUUGUGGCGCAGUUGGUUGGAAACUUGACAUGACUCUCGGGAGUCGGGGGUUCGAACUUGGGAUAGUCCGAGUGAAUCGUUCCAUCCUGUCUGUCUGUCUGUCUGUCUGUCUGUCAGAUGUCAGCCCCGUGCGAUAGUUCACGGAGUCUCACGGUACCAUAGCACGGUACUUACUGCCGAAAACUAGACAUUGUUACUGGGGAGUUGAACAUACCAAAAAGAAGGAAGAGAGAGAGAGAGAGAGAGAGAGAGAGAGAGAGAGAGAGAGAGAGAGAGGGGGGGUAGUAGGAGGAAAAAGAGACGGAAUGAAAUGAUCGGGAUUACUAGAUCUAGUACUAGAUUCUAGAUUCUAGAACUGUUCUGAAAUUCAUUACUAGGUCUAUAUUUAUUUUUAAAAUCCUUAUUAUUACAGCUUUCAGUCCGAGAUAACAUUAUUUUUUUUCUUGGUUCUCUGAUUCAUUUUUUUAAAUUUCUAGACGGAAAUUGUCAAGUUAGCCGGAAGUCGGAAGUUCAUUUCUGCACAAUUCACCUCGCUUCACAACAUGGAAGUCGAAGAAAGCGAAAGUAAAGUUGAGCAGAAACAUAUCGUCAAUUCGAAACUGCCUGAACUAUAUAUUCGUCAAAGCAUUCCCUGUAAUAAUAAUGCCAUCGAAAAAAGAUCUUAUAUGUUUUCUAGAUCUAGGAUUUAGAAACGGCCAGCCACCAUCGUCUGCUGAUAGUGACGAAGACAAGGAAGCCAGCACAGUGAGGACAAGACUGGAGUGUCAACGACGGACAAGUUCACCGUUAGAGGGGGAUGAAUCCUGUGUAGAUAUGAAGGGGGAGGGAGAAGAAGACGGUCACUGUUCAGAGGAAGGUAUGGAAGACGAGGAAAGCAGUGGAAUGAAAGAGGAAAUGGAAACUGGUUCAGCCGCAGAACGAAAGAAUGGUGAAGGUAUCGAGCAUGAUGGAGAAGACCAAGUUCUAGAGAAAGAGCAGCCGCUUGGAUUUAUCAAGCAAGAGAUUGUAGAUUGUGAAGUGAAGGAGGAAGAAGGCACUAGUUCUUGUGGUUCAACGGGGGAACCAAAACCUGACACGUUUGUGUCGCUGGGUAGACCAACUGUGGGACGGACAGCAAAACCUGACACGUCUGUGUCGCUGGGUAGACCAUCUGUGGGACGGACAGCAAAACCUGACACGUCUGUGUCGCUGGGUAGACCAACUGUGGGACAGACAGCAAAACCUGACACGUCUGUGUCGCCAGGAAGACCAUCUGUUGGACAGACAGCAAAACCUGACACGUCUGUUUCGCCGGGCACACCAGCUGUUGACCAGAUACAAAAGCCGUUCCGCUGUUCCUACGAAGGCUGCGACAAGUCGUUCCGGCGCAGAGACAAGCUGGAGAUUCACGUGCGGUCUCACACAGGGGAGUGCCCGGAGGAAGGAUGCGGCGAGGUGUUUCACAAGAAGAAACAUUUGGUCUCGCAUCGCUUGACACACACGGGAGCGCUCUCUUUGGCCCUGCGAUGUUACAAGUGCCCCGUGGAAGGCUGCGACAGAACGUUCGUCUUCCCCAACCGUCUGACCCACCACCUCAAGGUCCACAAAGGAUACCCGUGUGACGUGGAAGGCUGUGACCAGGUACUCACCAACUGGACGGCGCUACGCAAACACAAGUCUGAGGCACAUGUCUUGGAGAACAAAUGUCAAAUCUGCGGCAAAAUCUUCAAGCAAAAGUCAAACCUGAACCAACACUUGAAGACACACAGCGAGGCCCGGGAACCGCUGACGUGUGACCGAGAGGGCUGUGGGCGGGUGUUCUUUUACAAGAAAAACCUGACUCAGCACAUUCGAGAAUAUCACGACGGAGAGGCAAUCUGGAGGGGAAGGAAGAGAUCCAGGAGGGAGAAGAAGGAGGCGACGGCCCGGAAAAAGCCGAGGAAAAGAAGCAUGGCCGCCCACUGGCUGCAGCUGGACGACCGUAAUAACGAACUCAAGGUCCACUCACGCGCCUCAGAGGAAGCCAAGAGAAACUUUGCCAAACAGAUGUCGGGAUCAGCGACAGCGCCCUCCACGAGAGGAGAGGCUGUGGGUGCAGUGUGUCAGAUGUCCGGCCCAGCUGUGGGUGCAGUGUGUGGGGCUAAACAAGAGCUGUUGGAAGGAGAUGAGAACAGAGAAGUGAACCCCAGACCUCAAGACUUGUCACCGCGAGUGGGCGGGCCACCCCACCAGCCCCCCAACCACCAACAUCUCUCCCAGAACAUCUUCCCGUCCCGCUGUGUGACAUCAAACUCUGUGACGUCUCGCUGUUUAACGGAGGCAUCGCCGCGGCAACAGCACCCCACAACUCUCCAGAUUUCUCCCCCUGUCUCACAACACUGGCAGACCCCCCCGGCUUCUCAUCGCGCCGUCAAGCAGGAGUGUGUCUCUGGCGACCGCGGCAGGCGAGACCUCAAGGUCGUUGGCUCGACCACGGACCAACGGGGAGGGGGGGACGCUCUAGACCUUAGUCACCGAGCGGGGAGGGAACUCUGGCACGUUCACAGACUGGUCACUUCAGACCAGCAUAGAGUGGUCACUUCAGACCAGCACAGACUGGUCACUUCGUCAACGGCUGACCAACAACACGACAGUGGAGACCUCAAGGUCGCUGCAUCUACGACCGACCAAUGGGGAGGGGGUGAAGCUCUAGACCUCAGCCAAUCAGCGAAGGACGGCACGGGACACAGCACAGACAAUGUGGCAGUCAGCGACCCCAGAAUGUCCGACGAUGUGUCCGUUAGUGUGUCCCCCAGUGCGACAGUCAGCGACCCCAUCAGUGUGUCCUCCAGUGUGUCCCCCAGCGUGUCUCCCAGUGUGUCUACCAGUGUGUCCUCCUGUGUGUCCGUCAGUGUGUCCCCCAGUGCGACAGCCAGCGACCCCAUCAGUGUGUCCUCCAGUGUGUCCCCCAGCGUGUCCUCCAGUGUGUCCUCCAGAUGUUCCCUCUCCUCGUCCUCGCGGACAAAGAAACGUCCUAGACAGAAGCCACUUCCUGUGCCCAGUGUGUUGCGAUGAGAGCGUCACCGGGAGCUCACCACGCCGAGACUUUGUCACAGGCCGGGCAGACUUCUUGUCAUGACCACCACAGUCACCUGUCACCUGUCACCACGACACUGCCACGUCGUCACCUGUCACCACGACACUGCCACGUCGUCACCUGUCACCGCGACACUGCCACGUCGUCACCUGUCACCACGACACUGCCACGUCGUCACCUGUCACCGCGACACUGCCACGUCGUCACCUGUCACCGCGACACUGCCACGUCGUCACCGCGACACUGCCACAUGUCACCACGACACUGCCACAUGUCACCACGACACUUCCACGUCGUCACCUGUCACCACGACACUCCCACAUGUCACCACGACACUGCCACGUUGUCACCUGUCACCACGACACUGCCACAUCAUCACCUGUCACCACGACACUGCCACGUCGUCACCUGUCACCACAACACUGCCACAUUGUCACCUGUCACCACGACACUGCCACCUGUCACCAUGACACUGCCACAUUGUCACCUGUCACCACGACACUGCCACAUGUCACCAUGACACUGCCACAUUGUCCUGACCUUGUUUUGCCAGUCUCCACACUAUGCAAGCCAUUAAAGUUUUGGGUUUUUUUUGUUCUUGAAAA